AUUGUAUGUACCCUCUGUUCUGUUCAAACUUCAAAGCCGGUUCGGCUGCUAGAUCUGCUAGAUUUGUGUCGUCACUUUCAGCAGCUCGCAUCUGAAACCAUGGAGGAAUUCCCUUUCAUGCCUAGGCACACUCACCGCGCAUCACGCUGUAAUAAAUCGUGAGGUAAACCCGGAUGUGUCUAUGCCUAACUGAACUACGGUCCUUCAACUGACGUUGGCCGACUGACUCAACUACAUACGGUCCUUCAACCCUCAUCACAGAUAUUUCAACUUCACCAAUCACGAAUUCACCAUAGUACCUAUCCAAGUAAAAAACCAUUGUUUCUAUACAUAACUAUUGACCCUGAAAUGUUUCUGCCACACCAUCCACCCAUACUGUUGUUCUCUGCAUACGAACAAUCAGGACAAAUUUAUCAGUUCAGUGUCCGGACAAACUUUCCUUUCGUGCCCUUUUUGGACCCAAUUCCCCGAACCAUGCCGCCUUUUGGACUUUGGCAAGCAAGUAGUAUACAAGUGCUCGACGAUCAUAUCUAGCGGGCUGGUACGUACCAGAGAGAACAUUCCUCCUUCACAUCACAAGGAACGUUCCAUGGAUGGCUUCUUGGUGGGCUGCCUUCUGUGGUUUUCUGGACUUCCUCUUGCUCCAGGGUGUUUUAAUAUAGGAACUUCAUUUGUCACUUGACUUUUGCAACUAGUACUGUAAUUCUGUAAACUUGUGAAGAAAGGCUACUCGAGUUUUACACCCAGUAACUCAAUCAUGUCAGACUGUGCCACAAAUAGAUUCAAUGAGAAAGAAGACUUCCAAGUUGUUUUGGGCAAAGGAAAUCCUGGAGAGUCAUCUUGCCAGCAACUUACCAAGUGGAUGGCACACUGGACCAGAGCAAGUAGCAGUCCAUAUGGCAAGAGCUGUAGUCCUUUGGAGGAUGCCAACAAUAGCACUUGCGCAAAAGAUUCUGAAACUUCACCUUUUGAGCUUAGGAAAUCCACCGUGGCCGAAAGGCUAAUGUCGGGAAGAAACCAUGAAGGAAUUUCAAUGAAGAAUGUGCCGCGACUAGACCCUAACAUGUGGGGUGUGGCGCAUGAUGCUUGGCAAGAAGCUGAACAGACCAAAACUGAAUGGCGAGAUGGGCAUUUUCAAAGCUGUAAGAUCCAGAUGCAGAAAGAUGAAAAUUUCUAUGCCAAGACAGUAGUAUCAAAAACACUUUCCGUUUGCAGGCUUUCAGAUCUACCAUUGGAUUUUCAGAAACUUGUGAGCUCAGACGAGAACCCUGAUUCACAUUGGAACCAGAUUCCUAUGUUGUCAGUCAAUCAGAAAGUUGAAACUAUACUCAGCCCAAAGCGGAAGUAUGCGUCCGGUUCUGUGUUUGAUGAUCUCUUUGUGCCACAACAAAUUCCGAAGCUAAACGUGGGUCCAUCCAACUUGAUGGCAUGCUCACAUCAGGAAUAUGGGCUGCAGUUUCCUCGAAUGACUGACAUGGUCAUGGACCAUUGCAAACCUUCAGGGGGCAUCAAACAUCUCCUAGAAGACCCUACCUGUCUCAUUUCUGAUCAUGCAGGGAAGAAACUAAAAGUUGACAAUAACUCAUCAUCAGAUUGUGGAAUGGAUGAGCAGGGUACAGGUCACUAUUUUGCAAACCCAAAUCAGGAGCCGCUCGGCAGAUGUGACGAAAAGCAGUUCAACCUUUCAGAAAACAGUGACAAAUUUACAGAUUCUGUUAAACAAAACGAUGCCUGUUUAUUUGAAAUGCUGACAAUCCCUUCCAAACCACAAAGUACGUACCCAGUAGAUUCUCUGUCUUCUUGUAGUCCUUUAUUUGGAGCCCAGAAUCAACUCUCAUGUAAAACUAAAACGAUGCAUGGAGAUGCACAGUAUGUGUCAAAAUCCUCAGCAGGCAUGGCUUCAUCGUCGAUGCAAAAGGACAACAUCUGCGCAGAAAAAGCAAAUGAGCAGCUGGCAACUCUAUCUAUAGAAGGAUCACCAAGAUACAACAAAGCAAACAUAUUUCAUAAUGCCAAUGCCAAUCAAUACGUUUCAUCCAAAGCAACCACUUCCAGCAAGCAAGAACCCAGCAGCCCCGGAACAGAAACCAUGGACUUGGAUCCCCUGCCGUUUGAAAGCGGGACAAGAAAUCAAGUCCCCACCGACACAAUCCGAUCGCCAGCGGGUGCCGAUCCAAGCGAAAAAUGGCUCAAGCGCCUGCUCCAUGACACCGCAAACCCUCAUGUUCACCGUUCCAAGAGGCCCAGAACGGGAGACUGCCGUCCGGUCAGAGGAGCAGGUGGAAUGUCCGGCACCGACAUUGUCGACCCUGUUGAGGCAAGGUGUGUUCGCUGCUGGAUAGGGAGGUUGUGCCAGGGUGGCGGCGCCCCUGUUUCGCUUGGAGAACCAGACGAAAGGAGAACAACAGCGAAGCCUGAGGUCGCGGCCAGGGAAUUUGGAGGCCAUUUCUCGAGCAUCAAGGCGAUGGCGAUGAUGGGGCGGAUGAUGAGAAAGAUCCGGCCAUUUGAUCGUGAGAGGAAGGGGCCUUGGGUUAUGUGGAAGGCAGAGGACGGAGCCUGAAUGUCUGGCUAGCAGUUCAGUUCUCCUGUUUUGUGUGGUGUAAGGUGACAAGUUUGCCGUUAUAUAUGUUCUGUGGUUUGUUCUAAAGAUAUACAUCCGUAUGUAGUAGUCCAUUUGAAAUAUCUAGAAAGACAAAUAUUUAGGAACGGAGGGAGUAAAUAAUAAAGUGUAUAUAUGUGUAAA